AUGACUUCGCCCGAAGAGCGACUACGAGCCCGCGCAGAGUUGUCCAGCUACAUUGCACGCAUGAAGAAGGAGCAGGAGUUGCGACUGGCCGGCGAGACACAAUCGAAUACUUACUCUGGCCACGGUCCUGCCUUUGGAUUCAAUGCCUCCCAGCGUCCUGUUGUUGUUUCCAAGCGUGGCGGGGCCAACUACAGUGGCGGCGGGCACUCUUACCAUCCGUAUCAACGUGCGCCGCCUCCACACGUCGCCCAGAAGUUCAAGAACAGAUCCGUCACCUUCAACAAACCCGAUCCUUCUGCUGUACCUUCCAAAGAAGGAGAACCGUCCAGGCUCGUUCCUGGAGCCGUGGCCAACACUCACUUACAACAGAGCAGCCAGCAGCAGACCGAGACCAAAACCCUCUGCCCGGCUCUCACAUCUACAGGCGUGUGCUCUCGUCAUGGAUGCCGACACCUCCACGAUCCGAACAAACAAGCUCUCUGCAAGCGGUGGCUUUACAAGGGCAGUUGUCCAAAGGGGAACUUUUGCGCGCUGUCCCAUGAACCCUCACCACACAACAUGCCAACAUGUCUCCAUUUUCAAGACGGACACUGCAACAACGAUGACUGCCGCUUUGCUCACAUUCGUAUCAAUCCAGCUGCUUCGGUUUGCGAGGCUUUUGGGCGUCUGGGCUAUUGCGAGAAAGGCGACCAGUGCGCCAACUUUCAUGCAUAUGAGUGUCCUGAUUUCUCAAACAAAGGCGUCUGCCGUUUUGGAGACAAGUGCCAGUUGCGCCACGUUCACCGUGCCGCUCGGAUGAGGAAAACUAGUCGCCGCUCCUCUGAAGGCCCAUCUUCUCCGUCGGAUGAUGCCGAAAAGGAUGUGGUUGACAUUCCAGAAACUGAGGAAUGGUUCCUGAACUCCAAGAAUAGUGCCUCGCACACCCCCCAUCAGUUUACUCAACAGAUGGACUUUGUUCCACUUGACGCUGACGAAUAA